AUCGGAGACGGAGGGAGAGCGGGAGCGGCGGCCGGUCACCGGUCACUUGGGCUCCGGACGGCCGAGACAGCGGGGUCCACAGAGAGCGGCAGCCGGUCACCGGGGCUCGGUGGAGAGAGCGGGGCCCCACAGAGAGCAGCAGCCGGUCACCAGGGCUCGGUGGAGAGAGCGGGGCCCACGGCCAGCGACGAGGGGCCCAGCGGACCGGGAGCCCCGGGGCUCGCUGUGAUGCGCACCCGGUGACCCGGCCCCCAAGCCCCGCCAUGUCCAAGUCGUUGCGCCGGAGACGGCACUGGCUGAGCCGGGCUCAGGAGGCGGCCGUGGCCGGGGAAGCGCUGCAGCUGGGCGGCGGGGCGGAGUUCGGGCAGUUCCCGGUGCUGGCCGCGGCUCCCGGGGACGCCGAGCCCGGCCCGUGUGCCGGGGACAUCGUGCUGGAGGUGAACGGCACCCCGGUCAGUGGCCUCACCCGCCGCGAUGUGCGCGCCGUCGUCAGCCACUUCCCGCAGCCCGUCCGGGUGCGCACCGUACGGCCAGGCAGGAUAAUAAACAAGGAGCUUCGUCACUACCUCAGCCUGCAGUUCCAGAAGGGGUCGGUGGACCACCAACUGCAGCAGGUGAUCCGGGAUAACUUGUACCUGCGAACAAUCCCAUGCACAACAAGGCCACCCCGGGAUGGUGAAGUUCCAGGAGUUGAUUAUAACUUCAUUUCUCUGGAAGAGUUUAAAACACUAGAAGACAGCGGAGCCCUGUUGGAGAGCGGGACGUUUGAUGGUAAUUUCUAUGGGACACCGAAGCCUCCUGCAGAACCUGGUCCCUUUCAGCAGGAUGUAGUGGAUCAAGUUGUUCUGGAUGACAACUCAGAUGAGGCACAAAGGAAACGAACAACAUCAGUAAGCAUGAUGCAGCGAGCUGACACUCUGGUCCCUGAUGAAGACGAUGACGAUGAGAGGCCCACUGCUAAUGGGACUGGUUACCCAGGGCCAGGGCCCAGCCAAACUGAUGGGGUCUCAGAAUUCAGGUACUUGGAUCCGGUUGCCAGAGAGGACUCGAUGGAGCCACUGCCGAGCAAUUGGGAGAUGGCGUACACUGACAGCGGAAUGAUCUACUUCAUUGAUGCUCCAUGGCCAGUUGAAUGUCCUCCUUUCUUUCAUAGUCACAACACUAAGACGACCACGUGGCUGGAUCCCCGGCUUGCUAAGAAAGCAAAACCUCCCGAAGAGUGCAACGAAGGGGGCACUGAUUCCUUGCUGGGGCAUGGUUCCAUGGGCACCCCUGGUUGUCCUCCACUAUCUCGCCCAAGUGGCCAUUCAACAUCUUUGAGCCUAUACGAGCUUCCGUAUGGCUGGGAAAAGAUCAGCGAUCCAGUGUAUGGUUUCUACUACAUUGACCACGUAAACCAGAGAACCCAGUUUGAGAAUCCAGUCAUUGAAGCAAAACGGAAAAAGCAACUGGUCCACCAUCGGGACAGUCAGCGAGGGUUGCAUGCAGAUCAGCGGCCAGAGAGGCCGAUGUUUACUCGAGACCCCUCCCAUCUUCAGGGAAUGCUCAUUAGGACAACACUUCAGAAGAGUGCGAUGGGGUUUGGCUUCACAAUCAUCGGCGGGGACAGCCCAGAUGAGUUCCUGCAAGUGAAGAAUGUGAUUCAAGAUGGACCUGCAGCUCAGGACGGGAACAUGUUGGCAGGUGAUGUAAUAGUGUAUAUAAACAGCACUUGUGUCCUUGGGCAGACUCACGCUGAUGUUGUGCAGCUUUUCCAGUCUGUUCCCAUCAGCCAGACGGUGAAGCUGAUCCUGUGCCGCGGUUACCCGCUCCCCGCCGACACACAGGUGCCGACCAUCGACGUGGUGAGCGCCACCCCCAUUGUGGAUGGGCUGUCCACGACUGCAAAGCCGGCAAGCGCAGCCCAGGGCCUACAAAUCUCGCCCGGCCUCCCGGACCACGGCGGGAGAGACGCCCCCCCUGCAGGCAGCAUCGAGCGGCCAAACGGACCUUACCUGGGUCUGACUGAAGACCGGUCAUCCAUGACCUCCUCGGCAGGUUCGCAGCCGGAGACACUGACCAUUCCUCUGCUGAAGGGGCCAAAUGGCUUUGGUUUUGCCAUAGCAGACAGUCCGGCCGGGCAGAAAGUGAAAAUGAUCCUGGACAGCCAGUGGUGCAAAGGUCUACAGAAAGGUGACGUGAUCAAGGAGGUUAACCAGCAGAGCGUGCAACAGCUGAGCCACGCCCAGGUGGUGGACAUCCUAAAGGACUGGCCUGUGGGCAGUGAAAUAUCACUGCUCGUCCAAAGAGGAGCACUUUUUCUCUGGCCCACAUCCUGUCCCUCCCACCAAGGACCUCCGUCACCAACUAAAAUUCCAAACACUACAUUAGAGCAUGAAGAAAACCAAGCAACGUCCCAGAAUGCAUCCCCGGGGGUUCCCAUCCCCCAGCCCAUGCCCUUCCCCCCCAAUGCUGUGCGGUCCUCCUCCCCCAAGCGUGACCCAACUGAGGUGUACAUACAAUCCAAGAUUAUAUUUGACAACAAACCUCCAAACACAAAAGACAUUGAUAUCUUCCUGCGUAAACUGGAGAGUGGAUUUGGAUUCCGCGUGCUUGGUGGUGAUGGAGCAGACACACCUGUUCUAAUUGGUGCCAUAAUCCCACUGGGGGCAGCUGAGCGAGACGGGCGUCUUCGUGUGGCCGAUGAGCUGCUGUGUGUUGACGGAGUCUUAGUUAAAGGGAGAUCUCAUCGCUUUGUGUUAGAACUGAUGCAAAAUGCAACACGAAAUAACCAGGUGCUGCUGACAGUCAGGAGAAACCUCCUGUCUACUGAAGACCAACAUGAUGAUAGUCGAGAUGCAGGUUCGGACCCAGCAGAGAAUGGCUCUCCAAGGAUGAAUCACACAGACCAUGUCCACGCACUCCCUCAGGGCCCCAACUCAGCCGAGUCCGCACAGUCAUACGAUAUUGUCCUGCAACGUAAAGAGACGGAGGGGUUCGGCUUUGUCAUUAUCACUUCAAAGAACAGAUCCCCAGCUGUUGCAGUGCCACACAAAAUUGGUCGCAUUAUCGAAGGAAGCCCAGCCGACCACUGUGGGAAGUUGAAGGUGACAGACCGGAUCUCAGCAGUGAAUGGCCAGUCCAUUGUGCUGAUGCCCCACCAUGACAUCGUCCAGCUCAUCAAAGAUGCAGGCCAGACGGUCACACUCACUGUCACUCCCGAAGAAGAUGUGACUGGCCCUCCAUCAGGGGGCAGCUCGGCCAAACAGAGUCCAGCCUUGCAGCACAAACCCAUGGGACAAACUCCAGCGCUGCACAUGACAGCACAGGACAACAGCAAGACGGAUGUAGAUGAAAGGAGCAGUGGGAAGUCUCGAGACUUUGUCAACCCGCCUUCUAACUUCAGGCAGCCAGCAUCUGACCAGUACCUCCAGCCAGCUGCUGACAGAGAGACAUGGACUGCAGGCAGCAGACCCCAGAACACUGAUUGCUUCCCGGUUGAAUUGGAGAGAGGACCGCGAGGGUUUGGGUUCAGUGUCCGUGGUGGCAAGGAAUACAACAUGGGGCUCUUCAUCCUCCGCCUGGCUGAAGGUGGUGCGGCAUUGCUUGAUGGUAGAAUCCAAGUUGGUGAUCAGAUUGUUGAGAUCAAUGGAGAAUCUACGCAAGGGAUCACACACAAAAGAGCCAUCGAGCUGAUUCAGUCCGGAGGCAGGAAAGCGCAUCUUGUCCUGAAGCCAGGCAUAGGUCAGGUGCCUGACUUUGACAACCCCGACACCCAGGACAUUCCAUAUUCCAGCCUCCAGGAACUACCCACAGCUCCUGAAGACUUGCUAUCACCAUCCGAUCCACAUUCCGCCCUGAACCUUACUGACCCUGUAAAGAUGCCAUCAAAGGAGAAGCCAGAGAGAGAAGAGGAGCCCGGGCCCAACAUAGCGGGCGCUGGGUGGGUGGAGGAGGAGGAGGCUCGCAGGGCUUUGGCAAAGGACAAGGCGGCACAGCAGAGAAGCUUUGUGCCGGGUGAGAGUGCAGGCAGCCCGAGGAGAGGGCGGCCGCUCAGCGACAGGGAGAAGCGGGGUGCUAGCCCACGCAGAGCCGCGGGGACCAGGGAGCAGCCGGGCAGUCCCAGGAAGGACGAAGGCAGGAACCCGACGCUGCAAAGCGGUGGCUCCCGGGGAGUAGUGGGCGCCACGGAGCGGCCGGCGGCAGCUGGAGGUCGGGGCCCACCGCGGAGUCCGCGUGGAGGAGCAGCGGGCGAGCCGCUGGACGGAGCCAGCCUGCUGCAGCUCCGAACCGGGAGUCCAGAGAGCGGCGUCCGGGCGGCCAAGGGCCGAGAGCAGCCCAGUCCCCCCGGCAGCGGCCACGGCCACGGCGCUGGGCAGAGCCGCCCCGCUGCAGCCCAUCCCCCCGGCUCCAGCGCCAGUGGGGCGAAGAGUCAGGACCAAAGCAAGGGUGAGCAGAGCGGCUCAACAUCACACUCCAGCCCUGCUAGCAGAAGAGCAGCAGCCACGGCAAGAAAGACAAUUACCCCUGGGCCUUGGAAAAAGCCCGAUGCUCAGAGGCCCGUGUAACAGAAAGCAAAUUAUAUGUUAAAUUAUUUUUUAUAAACUUUGAUUUCUGUUGAGCAUCUGUUGCAUCUUAUUUAAAGAUUAUGCAGUUCAACCGAAGUUCUCUAAGACUGACUGUCCAAGUGAAGGAAUCACUCCAGUACUCGGCCGCUGGAACAUAUUUUACUGGCUGCGAAGGACGUUCUGUUGGGGGGGGGUCCCUGUUCUGCUAAUUGUUGACGAGGUAUGCGCUAAUGGGCAUGAUGUACCCGUCUGGGAAAGCUGUGUACUUGGGAUGGGACUGCUGUGUGUGAGCAAGGUCAGGCAGUAGUGCACCAAGCUGUCACGGGAUGUCUGUGUAAGAUCAUGGGUACAAUCUUGCCAUUUCUUUGCAGGCCUGAAAUCACUAGUUCGCCGAGACAUUUUUUUUUAUCAUUAACCAGGGCAGCUAUUUGUUUUGUUUGAUUUAUUUUUUGUCAGUCUGGACUAAAUUGUGCCUCGCUGUGGGGCAUUUUAAUUCUCGUUUUCUCUAAUACUCUGUGAAAAUCUUCCUGUCGCCUGAUGUUGAGCUGAAAUAAUUUACCGUAUUCUGACCACGAUUGAACUGCGACCUCUCGCCUGCUGGUUUCAGUAUCUGUGAGUUCUCCUCGAACAGCCACUGAAAAGGUCCUGCAAAAUGUUCUGCCCGAUUCGCUGCUCCCUGGACUGAUUUAAGAUUAGCUGGUCACUUUAACAAGCAACGAGAUCGGCAAAGGACAUAUUGCACAUGGAUUAGCGAUUUGUUUGGCGUUGCAGUUGAGAACUUCAGUCACACAUCUUGUUCAAACAAGCCACUGCAUCUCCCAUCCCACCUGCGUUGGACCUUCACCCUGCUCCAAUGUUGGAGGGUAUUGGUGCGCUUAGACAUUUCUCCGUGUUUGAUCCGCGUUCUGUGCCCCGCUGAGCUCGUUGCAGCACAAACACUUUAUGUUCAGUCGUUUAAGAUCUGUAACAGAUUCUUCUGGAAAUGGUGGCAGCGAUAGAAUAGAUGAGCCGCCUGUAGCCUUGUUCCUCUCCGGAAUGGCCUCUCCAUACGUGGCCAAUGCCUGUGCUCUUCUUCUCUAGCCCCCACCCAUCCCCACAUACACUAUCUGUGAGGCACAUUCUCCUUCUGAAUGGUUGAACAUUUUGUAUCUGGUACGUAACUUCCAUUGCCCUGCAGGGGGCUUUGUUGCCGAUAAGUAUUUCUGUUAUCCUCCAUGGCACUGUAUGUCCCUGUUCCUACCCUUCCAGCUAAAACACAGUAGGAAAUAAAGACCCUGGACUGUGAGUGUGGUACAGACAGUGUCUUAUGACCACUUUACUGUUAUAUUUCAUAUGCGAUAAUGUGUAAAAGUUGAACUUAGGAAUUCAUGCAGAAAUGUUUUGAUAUUCCAUAACGCUCAUCCACUGAUCAGUUCCAGCUUUUCACUCCACAGUAUUCUCUGAAUUUCCUUUGCAGUAGAAUAGCUAUUAUUCAUUGUUCCACCCCAUCAGUAACAUACAAAGCAUCUUGCAGACUGUACAGUACUCAAGGCAUAGGUAUGGCCUUUGAGUAAAGCUGAACAAGCCUUGAGUUGUUGGUUGUAAAUUUUUAUACUGUACAGUCUCUAUAAAUACUGUCAUUAGGGAGAGAUCUGUAAACCCUCAUUAUUUUUUUAUGUAUGACAUGAAAAAUGCAAUCCUUGGUUAUGGUGUUGAACUGUUGCACUGUAAAAUAAAUCUUAACUUUCAUUCUUGGUUUCAAAA